UCGUACGUCCUUGUGUUUUUAAAUAUGGAUUUCUUCUCUAUUAAAGAAAGUAAAAAAAUUUUGAAUUUGCCGGUUUUUAUAACAACAUACACUGAUGAAGUUCUUACGGCCAUAAUAUUGUGUGUUUAUGCUCAUCAUAUUCAAUUCAAAUCAUAAGAAUUCAAUUCAAUACGUUAUACCUAUUGACAUUAGCAAUUUCAAAAGGUAAAAUUUACUUCCUGGGUAUAUUUAUGGAAUAUAACACUUUGAGACGCCCCAAGUGUAUUCACCAGGCUGAAAAUACAGCUUCGGAAAUGUCUAGUACGGAUAGUAAGCUAGUGGUGGCAGCGAUCGACUUUGGAACUACAUUUUCAGGAUACGCUUUUUCUUUGAGACAUGAACACGAAAAGGAUCCUUUGUGUAUUAAAGUAAAUCCAAAAUGGGAAUCUGGAGGACGAUGGUUGAUUUCUCAUAAAGCUCCGACCACAGUGUUGUUAAAUCCGAAGAAGGAAUUUCAUUCGUUUGGAUACGAUGCUGAAAAUAAAUAUUCAGAACUUAGUUUGGAUGGGGAGCAUCACGAGUGGUACUAUUACCGACGUUUUAAAAUGGAACUUUAUAAACAAAAGUCCUUAUCAAGAGAAUCAGAAAUUGAAUCCGUUGAUGGGAAGCUAAUGCCAGCAUUAUCUAUCAUAUCAUACGCAAUAAAUUACCUUCGGGAGUCUCUAGUCCAUGUUCUAUGUAAUAGAAUAAAUAGUUUCCGAGAGGACGACAUAUUUUGGAUUAUAACAUUACCAGCAAUAUGGAGUGAUGCUGCUAAACAAUUUAUGAAAGAAGCUGCUGUCAAGGCGGGUAUUCCCUUAAAGAGUCUACAGCUAUGUUUAGAACCGGAAGCAGCUUCUGUCUACUGUCAACAUAUCCCAUUUGAGAGGUUACACGGAGGGAAAGGUAUCAGUGCAUUCCAAGCAGGGACGUCCUAUAUGGUGCUAGACCUUGGAGGAGGUACUGCAGACAUAACUGUCCAUCAGGUGUUGGAUGGGGGUCACAUCAAAGAACUCCAGAAAGCCAGCGGUGGCGCAUGGGGAGGUGUCAAUGUAGAUAGUGCGUUUGUGCAAUUUCUAGAAAAAUUGUUCAGCCAUGAAGUUGUUCAGACAUUUCGAGAAAUGCAUUUAUUUGACUUCUUAGAAUUAGAGCGAGAGUUUGAAAUGGUGAAACGAAAAGUGAAAGUUGACGAUUCUUCAAAAAUUACAAUUAGGAUUCCGCCAUCUUUUUUAGAGAUAUUCCGAACAGUUACUGAUUGUGCUGAUAUCAAAGAGGCUUUAGAAACUACGUCUUAUCGAAGAAGAGUAAGCAUAACUGGAGAUAAGUUGCGAAUGGAAGCAGGGAUUUUACGAGAAAUGUUCGGUUCUAUUGUUGAUGAUAUCAUUCGACAAGUAGGCUGCUUGCUUACUAACAAACGUAGGUAUGAUAUCAACCAUAUCAUCAUGGUUGGUGGACUUUCAGAAUCCGAAUACAUGCAGAAAAGUAUUCAGAAUGCUUUUCCAGAUGUUAAUGUGAUGAUACCCGAGGACCCCGAACUUGCCGUCAUGAAAGGUGCCGUGCUAUUUGGAUUUAACCCUUCGAUAAUAUCUGCGCGAGUUGCUAGAUUCACAUACGGGACAAACAGUUUCAUUCCGUUUAUAAAAGGACAACAUCCCGAAAGUAAAAAAGUUGUAAUGGACGGCAGAGACCUGUGUGAAGACUUUUUCGUGAAAUAUGUAGCAGUCGGUGACAUUUUACCGAUAAAUACUGUAAUCGGGCCAAAGCGCUAUAUGCCCAUUCGGAAAAAGCAGAGAUGUGCUAAUGUCCAAGUGUUUGCUAGUUCUGAUCCGGAUCCUUAUUUUGUUACGGACACAAAUUCACAAUUUAUAGGACUAUUGACAUUUCAAUUCCACGACAACAAAGGUGAGUUAAAUAGGCCGGUUCUACUGAAAAUGAUAUUCGGAGGAACUGAGUUAGCGGUAGAAGCGAUGGAAGAGAAAACCGGAAACACUGUAGUGGCUUCCUUUGAAUUUUUAGAUCCGAAGGAUCAAGAAAAAAAUGCAAAAACGUAGUUUAGUUUUUAUUGUUAAUAAAUUUAUAUAAUUGUUA